UUUGUCAUUCUACUCCGGGGUAGCAAGAGAGGCAUGUGUAUGACACUGCCAGAGAGACAGGAGAGACAGGAGAAGAGAAAAGUAGAGAGAGAGCAUGUGACACUCACAUGUUGGCUGUGAGGGAGAACACUGAUAGCGGUGACUAUUUUUAGGUGUACCUGUAGGUUACAUGUUCCUGACUACAGAACUUUGACACAAAAUUUGCAUUCCUCUUUGGGUUGGCAGAACGAAGUGUGGGAGCUCAGCUAAGCACCCCACCACCACCCCCACAACCCACUCCUUUCAGAGGCCAUGGAGGAAGCCAAGGUCACAGAAGUUCCCUACCUGGAGCGGAGGGUCCGGCAGCGGAAAGAGCCCAUGACCCUUCUGAAGACCAAGCUGAGCCGUAGCCUGUCCUGCUCUGUGCCCAGGGUCAAGAACACCUUGACUGGGUUCUUCCCUGUGGUGCUCUGGCUUCCCAAGUACCAGCUGAAAGAGUAUAUCUGGGGUGAUCUCAUGUCAGGCCUCAUCAUAGGCAUCAUCCUGGUCCCUCAGGCCAUCGCCUACUGCCUGCUGGCUGGAGUGGACCCUAUCUAUGGCCUCUACACCUCCUUCUUCGCCAACAUCAUCUACUUCUUCAUGGGGACCUCCAGGCACGUGUCUGUGGGCAUCUUCAGUCUUAUGAGCCUCAUGGUGGGCCAGGUUGUGGACAGAGAGGUGUAUAUGGCAGGGUUCGAGCUGGAUGACACCAAAGCAGCCACCGUAGAUGGAUUCUUAAAUGUAACAGGAGACUCAGACAGCUCAGCCGCCAACCUGACAAUAGGCGCCUUCGGCAUGGAGUGUGGGAAAGAAUGUUAUGCCAUCAGCAUCGCAGCAGCCUUGACGUUUUUGGCUGGGAUUUACCAGGUAUUGAUGGCUGUGUUCAGACUGGGCUUCGUCUCCGUCUACCUCUCUGCUCCCAUGCUGGACGGCUUCGCCACAGGCGCAUCGUUCACCAUCCUCACCGUCCAAGCCAAGUACCUACUGGGGCUCAAGAUCCCUCGCCACCAGGGCUACGGCACUGUGGUGGUCACCUGGAUCAAUAUCUUCAGUAACAUCCAGAACACCAACUACUGUGACCUCAUCACCAGCGUCAUCUGCAUCUCCGUCCUGGUGUUGGGGAAGGAGCUCCAAGAUCGCUACAAGGAUCGUCUGAAGAUCCCUCUGCCCACAGAGCUGGUAGUGGUGGCGGGCGCUACACUGGUGUCCCACUUUGUAGACUUCCACGGACGGUACGACUCCAGUGUCUCUGGUGCUAUCCCCACAGGCUUCAUCCCCCCUAAGGUGCCCAGUUUUGGKYUGAUGCCCCGGGUGGCCUUCGAUGCCAUCCCACUGGCUGUGAUCAGCUUUGCCUUCACGGUUUCCCUCUCUGAGAUGUUUGCCAAGAAGAACGGCUACACCGUCCGGCCCAACCAGGAGAUGUUGGCCAUUGGUUUCUGUAACAUUAUCCCAUCCUUCUUCCACUGUUUCACCACCAGUGCUGCCCUGGCUAAGACUAUGGUGAAAGACUCCACGGGCUGCCAGACUCAGGUCUCCAGCAUUGUAAGUGCCUUUGUCGUUCUCCUGGUCCUGCUCUUCUUCGCCCCCUUCUUUUAUUCCCUCCAGAAGUGCGUCCUGGCCUGUAUCAUCAUCGUCAGCCUGAGGGGAGCUCUCCGAAAGUUCAGAGACGUGCCCAGUAAGUGGCGCGUCAGUAAGAUGGACGCUGUUGUCUGGAUGGUGACUAUGAGUGCCUCAGCUCUGAUCAGUGUGGAGAUGGGGCUGGUGGUUGGGGUCGUUUUCUCUAUGCUCUGUAUCAUCGUCCAGACCCAGAAGCCCAAGGUUUCUCUGCUGGGACAGGUCCAUGGCACUGUCUACUACGAGGAUUUGGAGGAGUAUGAAAACCUCAUGUCCCUCCCUAAAGUGAAGAUCUUCCGCUUCCAGGCCCCGCUCUACUAUGCAAACAAGAACUUCUUCCUGAAGUCGCUGUACAAGGCCGUGGGCGUGGAACCCUUCCUGGAGAUGACCAGGAGGAUGGAAGCAGAGAAAAAAUCUGAAAAAAUGGCAGCGAAGGAAGCCGGGAGAGACGACAAGACUAAGGGAGAGGUGAAUGUAGGGCUGGUGUCCAGAGAACUUGACUUCCACACUAUCAUCUUAGACUGCUCUGCCAUGCCCUUCGUAGACUCCACAGGGAUGCAAACCUUCAAAGGGAUCAUUAAAGACUAUAAGGAGGUGGGUGUCACAGUGCUGCUAGCAAGCUGUAAUACAACGGUCGUAGAUUCUCUCAGACAAGGCUCUUUCUUUGGGAAGGCUGACAAAGACAUGGAACGCUUGUCAUUCUAUACUGUACACGCUGCAGUUCAAUUUGCCAAUGACAGGGCAACAUCUACAUUUAUUGGUGACUCAUUGGUGUAGACCAGAGCCGUAUAUAUCCAAAUAAAUGGAUAUGUAAAUAAAUGGCUCUGGUCAGGGAUGGAUUGGCCAUCURGCAAUUCUGGAAAAUGCGAGAUAGGCUGGACAAUUUUUUUGUUGGGUGGCUUGGUCAAAAUUGACACACACAC